GGAGGAAAUUACUUUGAUACUUAGAUCAACGGGUGUCGCAUCGCUGACAUCGGGUGACUGUGUCUCUUGUUUCGUAAAACUUUUCAACUUAUUUUCAAACAAAAAUCAUGAGGGAAUGCAUUUCCGUCCACAUUGGGCAAGCCGGUGUCCAGAUCGGCAACGCCUGUUGGGAACUCUACUGUCUGGAACACGGGAUCCAACCCGAUGGUCAAAUGCCCUCCGAUAAGACCAUCGGGGGUGGAGACGACUCCUUCAACACGUUUUUCAGCGAAACGGGGGCCGGAAAACACGUCCCAAGGGCCGUUUUCGUCGACUUGGAACCCACCGUUGUCGACGAAGUCCGGACCGGUACAUACCGCCAACUCUUUCAUCCGGAACAACUAAUAACCGGAAAAGAAGAUGCAGCCAAUAAUUACGCACGUGGUCAUUACACCAUUGGAAAAGAAAUCGUGGAUGUCGUCUUGGACCGCAUCCGGAAGCUCGCCGACCAAUGCACCGGAUUGCAAGGUUUUCUCGUUUUCCACUCAUUUGGCGGGGGCACCGGUUCAGGUUUCACCUCUUUGCUAAUGGAACGCCUCUCAGUUGACUAUGGCAAAAAAUCGAAGCUCGAAUUUUCGAUCUACCCCGCCCCCCAGGUCUCCACCGCUGUGGUUGAACCUUACAAUUCGAUUUUGACCACUCACACCACCUUGGAACACUCCGAUUGUGCCUUUAUGGUCGACAAUGAGGCCAUUUAUGACAUUUGCCGUCGCAACCUAGACAUCGAACGUCCAACCUACACCAACCUGAACCGCCUAAUAGGCCAAAUCGUUUCGUCAAUCACCGCCUCGCUUCGUUUCGACGGCGCUCUCAACGUCGACUUGACCGAAUUCCAGACCAACCUAGUGCCUUACCCCCGAAUCCACUUCCCCCUCGCCACCUACGCCCCUGUCAUCUCCGCUGAGAAGGCCUACCAUGAGCAAUUAACCGUUUCUGAGAUCACCAAUGCGUGUUUUGAACCCGCCAAUCAGAUGGUCAAGUGUGACCCCCGACAUGGCAAAUACAUGGCUUGUUGCAUGUUGUAUCGGGGGGAUGUGGUCCCCAAAGACGUCAAUGCGGCCAUUGCCACCAUUAAGACCAAACGAACCAUUCAGUUCGUCGAUUGGUGCCCCACUGGGUUCAAAGUCGGGAUCAAUUACCAACCCCCGACUGUGGUCCCUGGGGGCGAUUUAGCCAAGGUUCAAAGGGCGGUUUGUAUGCUCUCCAAUACCACGGCCAUUGCUGAAGCCUGGGCUAGGUUGGACCAUAAAUUCGAUUUGAUGUACGCGAAAAGGGCUUUCGUGCAUUGGUAUGUCGGGGAAGGGAUGGAAGAGGGCGAGUUUUCCGAAGCUAGGGAGGAUUUAGCCGCCCUUGAGAAGGACUACGAGGAGGUUGCUGUCGAUUCCAUUGAAGGGGAAGGGGACGAAGGCGACGAAUAUUGAACACACCACAGUGCAUUUCAAUUUUUACUAAUUUAUUACGCUUUUGUAGUUUUGUAUCAGUGAAAGCACUUUAUCAAUAAAAUUAAGUUGGCAACAAU